AUAGCAAUUAAUUGCUAAAAUUUCCACCAAUUUUCAAACAGUUUGGUUUAUCGUAAACCUCAAACUGUAAAUUAGUUUACACUGUGGACAUCGCCUUUUGACAUCUAGUCUAAUACAAUCGAUAUGUGAUGGUUAAUCCAAGCGCUUUUGUAUGAUGUCAUCACCUUGCGUCCGACCUGUCCUUGAGAAGCUGAAGCUACACACCAGACUAGACUGCCAAGAUGGUCGCAUACUGGAGACAAGCGGGACUCAGCUACAUCCGCUUCUCUGCUAUUUGCGCCAGCGCGGUGCGGGCCUCCCUGAAGCCGCAGGUGAAAAGUGAGGCGAUGAAGGCGGCGGAAGCCAGCGUCAAAGUAGUCAAGCCCAAAACAGCAUGAUGUGAUCCUUUGGCGUAGACUGCUUCUUUCAACAACUGUCGGGAAAAAGGAUGGAGGACUAUGUGAUGUCCUGAACUGACUGGAUAACAGAAUGGCAAUUCUCUCUGAUGUAUUUGUAAUUAAAACUAAAUUAAAGCUGGAAAAAAAAUAA